AUGGAGGAGAUGCCACGGAUUAAAGAGGAGCCCCAAAGUCCUGAGAUCAAAUUGGAGCAAGCCGAUACUCCGUCCACCUCAUCAGCUACACCUGAACAAAAAUUUCGGAUCACUGUACAGCCGGCUGCACAGCAGUUGAAAGAUAUAUUUAAGAAGUUCCGCCCACUUGAAGGAAAAACCGGAUUAAACCGGAUCCAUCAACUUACGAUGGCUACAUAUGCUCUGAAAACACCGGUUGACCAUAAAAUGAAGAUUGAAGAAACAAUCGAUUUUAACGAAAUUGGCAAUUAUUGGAUGCGUGUCCUCUGCGAAGUCGCCAGAUGGAUGCAAUAUAUGGACGAGUUUACCAGACUUCCUUUUCAAGACAAGAUAAAAAUACUACGAAAUUCCUGGGGAAACAUUCACCGAUUAUUAAGCGUCUCCGAUACGCUCGACCUUUUUGGAGAGGAGGCCUUGAAUGAAUAUAUCCUAGUUGUUGGCAAGAAAGCCGUUUCCGCAAAGACGAGCCAAUUUUCUAAAGAAGUCUCCACCCAGGCUUAUAUACAAAACAAUUUCGUCAAAUCAACGAUAAACUUGUUGGAGACGUUGGCACGGCCGAUGUUCGACAUGGAUACGACAAAUUUUGAGUUGGCAUUUUUGUUGGGGAUGACGUUAUGGAAUUUUAAAGGGUUAAGCGUCUCAGAAGAAGCACAAUUGGCAGCAGAACGGUUCCGAGCUGGGCUGGCGGAAGAAAUGCAUACAUACUAUGUAAAUGUGGAAACGCAUUGCUAUGCUCCGCGAAUGAUACGGUUAAUGGAAUUGGUGCAGGAUAAUGAGCUUCUCCAACGUGAACGCGGCGAGAUGUGGGCCCUCCUCGAGCUGUUCGACAUGCUCAAUAUGGAAAUUGACGAUCACUCCCUGAUCGACCCGCGUCGAAUA